AUCCUCAACGUAACUGUCUUUUGCACAAUUAUUCUAAUGGCAACUUCAGGAAAAGAAAUGAUGGCAGAGGAAGAACAAUAUAUUUUCCGAAGCAAGUAUCCGGCCGUGAAGGUUCCAGAUGACAUGACAUUACCUGAAUUUGUUCUUCAGGGAGCUGAGCUAUAUGCAGACAAGGUUGCAGUGGUGGAGACGAUGACCGGUAAAGAAUACACGUACGGACAAGUGAUCAGAGACGUUAGAAGGUUUGCGACGGCCUUGAAAUCACUUGGUUUCAGAAAAGGAGGUGUUGUGGUGGUUGUGCUUCCUAAUGUGGCUGAGUACGUCAUAAUUGCUCUUGGAAUUAUGUCUUCCGGAGGUGUUUUCUCCGGUGCGAAUCCGUUGAACCAUGAAUCUGAGAUUCGCAAACAGGUGGAGGAUUCCGAGGCUAAGAUCAUCGUCACCAACGGGUCCAGCUACGAGAAGGUGAAGGGACUGGGAUUGCCAGUAAUAGUGCUCGGUGAAGAAAAAAUCGAAAGCACAAUCUGGUGGGAUGAUUUACUAGAGGCAGCUGAUCGUUACGAUGGAAACAAGACGAUGAACACUACCGAACCCAUCAACCCGCGGACGGACUUAUGCGCCUUACCAUUCUCAUCUGGCACAACAGGGAAAUCAAAAGGUGUGAUGUUAACCCAUCGUAACCUGAUCGCAAACCUAAGCUCCACACUGUUCAGUGUAGGUCCAGACAUGGUUGGUCAGUUUGUGACGUUGGGUCUAAUGCCGUUUUUCCAUAUCUACGGAAUCACCGGAAUAUGUUUUGCCACACUUAAGAACAAAGGUAAAGUUGUAGUGAUGGGAAGAUUUGGGCUCAGGUUGUUCUUGAAUGCUUUGAUAACACAUGAGAUUACAUUUGCACCUAUUGUGCCACCAAUCAUACUGGAAUUGGUUAAGAACCCGGUGGUGAAAGAAUUCGAUCUUACAAAACUCAAACUCAGGGCUGUCAUGACUGCUGCUGCUCCUCUUGCUCCUGAACUGCUUUCUGCAUUUGAAGCCAAAUUCCCUGACGUACAAGUCCAAGAGGCAUAUGGAUUGACCGAGCACAGUUGCAUAACACUGAGCCAUGGCGACCCAGAAAGAGGCCAUGAGACUGCUAAAAAGAACUCAGUUGGGUUCAUACUCCCAAACUUGGAGAUCAAAUUCAUCGACCCGGAUGGAAAAUCUCUUCCUAAAAACACACAUGGUGAAGUCUGUGUUCGUAGUGACUGCGUUAUGCUGGGUUACUUCAAGAAUAAGGAGGAGACGGAGCGUGCGAUAGACGCAAAAGGGUGGCUUCACACAGGUGACAUUGGAUACAUUGAUGAUGAUGGAGACGUCUUCAUUGUGGAUCGCAUCAAAGAGAUGAUCAAAGUCAAAGGUUUUCAAGUGGCUCCCGCUGAGUUGGAAGCAAUCCUUCUUUCACAUCCUUCUGUUGAAGAUGCUGCUGUUGUUCCGUUGGCAGACGAGGAAGCAGGAGAAAUUCCAGUAGCAUGUGUCGUUAUGAGCCAAAACUCGACAGAGACCGAAGCGGAUGUGAUGGACUACGUUGCUUCAAACGUAGCUACCUACAAGAGGGUUAGAGCUCUUCACUUUGUCGACUCAAUCCCCAAGUCACCCUCUGGGAAAAUAAUGCGAAGGUUUCUCAAAGAAGAACUGGAAAAGAAGAUUAACAGCAGUAGUCAGUCCCGCUCAUCACCAAUAGCUAUCUAAAUCCGGUUGCCAAAACAUGCAAUUAGAGGGAACCUUUACU